AUGUUUAUAGUCGGAAACGUCAAUGCAAAAUCUCCAGUAUCCAGUUUCACUCUACAUUCAUUCGAUAAAUUAAAGCAUUCAAGUUCAUUAGUUUUCCUUAAAAACCAUUGUCUUUGCAACCAAGAUACUAUCUAUUUGCAACAGAAACUGAGUGCAAUAUCAGUUGUCAGAAAGAAUAUCAGCAUUUUUUAUAUAUCGAGAAACCAAAGACGAAACUGGUAUAGCAGAAUGAAAAUCACCAAUUUGAAUAUUGACUGUCUCGAGCGAAUACUGGACUAUUUGGAGUUUCAAGAUUUGAUUAAUGCGGCCGCCUCAAAUAAACGCAUAAAUCAUGCAGCCAAAUUCAUUUUCGAUGCACGAAAAUAUAAUGAAUCGAAGCUGUGUUUCAAAGUUUUUUUACCUGUUUCGAAUUCAACGAACCAAGUGGUUAUAGUGGUACGUGAAGGGCAUGCGCCACCAUUUCUAAUAUCCCCAAAGCGCAUUGAAAUUCACGAACUGAAAAUGGCCCUACGAUUGGUGCGCUGCUUCGGAGAUAUGUUGAACAAGGUCGAGUUAAUAUUUCAAGGCCUGAAUCAUGAUCAGUACAUUGCAUUCUACAUUGGUGAAUUUUGCGCUGAGUCAAUAACUAAAAUUGGUUUGUCACAAGUUCCAGCUGGUGGUUUGGAUCAUUUUAAGAAACGUUUCACCAAAAUUGAAAAAGUUCGCUUCGACACUUAUCCAUGUCAGCCUAAAGUGGCCACCGGUUUUUGGAUCAAUCGAUUGUUUCCAAAAAUGAGAAAGUUAAAAGUGUCGAGCAUACAUACAUGUGCCACUUUGUUUGAAAACGGAGAUACCGUAAAUCAUUUGCCUUGUUUGGAACAUUUAAUUAUAAGAAAAGAAAUUAUCAGUCGUGAUGAAUGCGUUUGUCGUGAAAAUAUAAUUAACACAUUGAAAUUAAAUCCACAGUUAAAAAAAUUGCAAGUAAAAUGCAACCAUUGCUCAGUAAAUCAAAUGCUUAAUGGGAAUUUUUUUCGAAACGUUGAAGAUAGCUUGCAAAAUCUUGAAAGUCUCGAAUUUACAAUGGAUAUCAAUACAUUUUUACAUAACUUCAAGUCACAAGCGAUACAAUUGAAAAACGUUAAAUAUCUACACGUUGAGCACGAUUUUCCUUCAGCGGUUGAAACAUUUAAUUUCCCAUUUCUGUUUAGGAGUCUUGAAACGCUGCGCUGUGUCACGGAAUUCAUCGAAUAUUGCCAUAGUUUCAUCGAAAAACAUCCGAAAAUAUCGACAUUAUAUUUGACAACGUCUAUUUUAGGAUUGGAUCAAGAUGUGAAUAUCGACCGAUUCAAGGAGAUAUUUCCAUCAGUGACACGGGUUGAAUGUGAUAAAUUACGUUUUGUUCUGGCUCUUGGCAGAUCAUUGAAAAAUUUUACCUUGCAUCUGAAUGAUGUAGCUCCAAUGCAUUCAGUACUUGAGUCGGUUCAAAGUCAUUUUAAUGAAGAUUGGACGCUAUCCAUUGACAAGAAACACAAUUUUUAUACGGGUAAUAACGUAGUGCCAUCGUCUUACUGUAUCACCGGCGUGAAGAUUCCCAUACUCAAGGGUUUCGAACACUUAGAAGAGCAGUAGUUGAACAUAAACUGGGUCACCUUAUGUCGACAUCAUUGUGUUAGCGAGACAACAUCAAUCAUAAAUUUGCUAGAAAACAUUUCAAUAUUUUCAAUAAAUUUAGUUAAUCGUUUUCUUAAAUAAAGCACUUAUAAAUCAUCAUCGGAAUAUCAUUAUCUUUUCUUUUCUCUUUUGAAGCAAUUAUUUUAUGUGUUUUAUUUUCAACUACUUUUACUUUCAACUCGGAAAAUGUAUUCAUGAAAUAAAAGUAUGGAUUCAGAAA